CUUUAAUCCCCCAUUCACCGGAAGUAUUUGUUUGGUCUGUAACUCUGUAUCGUCCCCGUUUGGGAGGACAGUAAAAGCAGCCCACCAUGCAGAGAUGCAGGUUGGACCUCCCUGCACAUGUGUCAUUAUGAUUCAGGUACGAAGGAUGUGCAGAAACGCCAAACUGACCAAGUCAAAACCAUGAAAAAAACAAAGUUUGAUUCUGGCCAAAAGAGUCAGAGUAAAAAAUCCAAAAAGAAUAAUGGAUCGUCACAGAGCACUCAAGGUCAGAAAGCAGAAGUGAAGGGCCGGGCUGCUGGACAAGAUGCUUAUUCUCCUGGACCUAAGAGAAGCUCUGAAUCUACACACAGUAUGCAAAAACGUGCUCAGGAGGAGGCCAAAUCUACUCAUAGUGACAGUAAUUCAUCCCAGCAACAUCUGAUGAAGACGUCAAGGUCUGCUGAAGAUGAAAAAGGUGAGUUGGACCUGUACAGAGGACAAGAGGAAAUAGAACAAGAACUGCAGGAGAAGCACCAGGCAAAGUCAGAGGUGUCAGUGGCUGUUGGUGAGGCCCAGAGCAGCGUGUCAGCUGCAGAGGAUCUUCAAACCUACAGCAAGAGAGAAUGGAAAGGCAAUACCACUAAAAGUCAGCUUAUCCGAAAGGGUUAUGAAGCAAUCGCCAGUGAAUUCAAUCUAUGCAUAGUAAGAGGUGAUAACUAUUGUGCCCUGAGGGCGACACUCUUCCAGGUGCUCAGCCAAUCCAAACAGCUUCCUGCCUGGUUACAUGACUCUGACAUCAUUAAGUGGCCAAAAGAAAUGCAUUCUGAUAAGGAUUUUAUUAAGGAGUGGCAGUUUCCAUUUGAAAGCAGGACGAGCACAGUUCAGCAUCUUGAACAAUGUCUGGAAUUACUGAAGAAAAAGUGGCAAGAGUCUGUUGAGUGUAAAACUCUUGAAGAGAGGGAGCGCAUGUGCCAGGAGGUGUUCAGAGGUCAUGAUGAGGAGUAUGAGCUUCUGGAAGCACUGAAGUUUUUGAUGCUGAGGACUGCUAUUCAGUUGCACUCCAAUAUGGAGAAGGGCUCUGACGUCCCAGAGUUCUGCUGGCUCCUCUUUGCUCGUGACUCAUCUAAUGGCCCCAAGACCUUCCUCACCAACCAUCUCAGACAUGUUGGAUUUAGUGGAGGGCUGGAACAGGUGGAGAUGUGCCUCCUGGGUCAUUCCCUUCAACAGACGAUCCGGGUCGUUCGGCUGUAUAAGUGUGACACAGAAGAGUUUAUCACAUACUACCCGGAUGACCACAAGGAAGACUGGCCUCCUCUAUGCUUGGUUACUGAAGAUGACAGACACUACAAUGCACUCGUACCCAAAAAGUCCUCCAAAUUUGAUGAACGCGGUAGGCCAAAGUGGAAUCAACCCUCAUAUUGAUUCUCAGAGAUAAAGAGUAUACAGCAAUCACACACAAUCUACAGAACUCAGGAGUUAAUGUACAAAUCUGUGUGCUUUCCAAAUUGUAGUUCUUGCAUUUAUGUUUUGAGAUAAUUUUUCCUUUCUUAUUUUAACUUUGAUAAGUGUAAAGAUUUGUUAUCCUUAUGUAAUUGCUACCAAUGAAAUUUUGGAUAAAAUGCAUUUCAAAAUAAAUCUUUACAGUGGUUAUAUGAGACAUAGCUGCACCUCCAGCUGGGAUGGGAGAUUAUUUUCAUUAGUUUACAAGGUUAAUUAUUGCUUUGCUUAAUUACAAUAAAAAUUUAACCAUAAAUCGAGA